GAAUAAUCUCUAAAAGAUGAUGCUCUACAAGCUGGUCGUUUUGGGCGAUGGUGGUGUGGGAAAGACUGCCUUGACUAUACAGCUGUGUCUUAACCAUUUCGUUGAGACGUAUGAUCCCACAAUCGAAGAUUCUUAUCGCAAGCAGGUCGUUAUUGAAGACCAGCCUUGUGUUUUGGAAGUCUUGGAUACAGCCGGACAAGAGGAAUACACUGCCUUGAGAGACCAAUGGAUCAGAGACGGAGAAGGGUUUUUGCUAGUAUACUCCAUAACAUCUCAUUCGACCUUUGAUCGUGUCGAACGUUUCCGUGACCAGAUCUUCAGAGUCAAGGAUGUUGACAAUGUUCCCUUGAUGCUUGUCGGAAACAAGUGCGAUAAGGUUACCGAGCGUGAAGUGACACGCGAGGAAGGUUACGCGAUGGCAAAACGACUUGCCUGCGAAUUCAUUGAGACCUCUGCAAAAACCUGCGUCAAUGUCGAACGUUCUUUCUACCAAGUCGUCAAAAUCAUUCGUGCCCAGAGAGAUGGCAUGCGCUCCGGCGUCAAGAAAAAUGGAAAGGGAAAGGGAAAAGACAAAAAACCACCCUGCGUUGUGCUUUAGAGAAUAAUAUAACAUCUUUAAAUCAUUAUUAUUAUUACUACUAUUACUACUACUACUACUACUACUACUACUACUACUACUAUUCUUAUUACCCUAUUUACCUUAUUUACUUUCCUUUUCUUUCUGUCUGAUCCAUCUCUUUAUUUUCUUACUCGCAUUAUCGCUCACUCCUCACAAUCCUUUCUCCAUUCUUAUUUUUUAAAUUUUUCAUUUUUCUUUCCCUUUUCUUUAUUUCUUAUAGUGCGCAAAGGAGUGACAAUAUAGAGAUCUCAUUAAUAUCUGUGGCUUGCUGUGCAAUGCCAUCUUGUGCUUUUGAUUAUUUCUCUUGGCUUGUCAUUUCCUCAUUUUUAUAGACCAAGAAGACGAAAACACACUUAAUUACAAACCUGUCUUAUUAUUC